AUGCCUCGAAAGCAGUCAGAAGGGCGUCGAGCUUCUCUGCUCAAAGACGACGAGCAUUUGGCUUCAUUGGGCAUCAAACAAGAAUUACAGCGCAACUUCUCGCCAUUGUCGAUGCUGGGCUUGGCCUUCGCCAUCCUCAACUCUUGGACUGCGCUGUCUGCCUCCCUCUCCCUCGCUUUACCCAGCGGUGGACCAACCUCUGUCAUCUGGGGCCUGAUCACAGCAGGCGUAUGCAAUCUCUGCCUGGCAGCCUCUCUGGCGGAAUUUUUGUCUGCAUAUCCGACAGCAGGAGGACAGUAUCACUGGGUCGCGACGAUUUCAUGGAGAAGAUGGAUGCCUAUACUCUCUUGGAUUUGUGGUUGGAUUGCGUGCUUCGGAUGGAUCGCACUGACAGCAACCGCCGGCCUCCUAGGAUCGCAGUUGAUUCUGGGCAUCAUCUCGCUGUACAACCCCGAUUUUGAGUCCAAACCAUGGCAGCAAUUCCUCAUGUACAUUGGGUACAAUGUGGUGGCUGCCCUGGUCAAUGCCUUUGGAAACCACAUACUACCUCACGUCAACCAGAUAGCAAUCAUAUGGAGCAUUGCAGGUUUCACCAUCAUCUCCAUCACAAUCCUGUCGACGGGUUCGCCCAACUUCAACUCAGGCGACUACGUAUACAGGCAGUUCAUCAACAAUACGGGAUGGCCUGACGGGAUCUCGUGGAUGUUGGGCUUACUCCAAGGCGGCCUUGGUCUCAUAGGCUAUGAUGCGACGUCCCACAUGGUGGAAGAAAUACCCAAUGCUGCAAUGGUGGCCCCGAAAAUCAUGAUCUACGCAGUAGCCAUUGGCAUGUUCACUGGCUUCAUCUUCUUAUCCUGCCUGUUGUUUGUGGCUGGUCCGGUCGACGAGGUCAUCGCAUCGCCCCUCGGUCCACUCGGCUAUAUUCUAUACUAUUCCACGGGAAGCAAGGCAGGAUCGGUCUGCCUGCUAAUUUUCCCGCUGGUCUGCUUGCUGUUCGCCGGGAUUUCCAUCAUGACGACUUCUUCGCGCAUGACCUACGCCUUUGCGAGGGACGGAGGACUGCCGUUCAGCCGUUUCUUCGCCCGCGUACACCCGAAGCUGGAUGUACCGCUGGAGGCUCUCGGCUUGACCAAUGCCGUGGUGCUCAUCUUCGGUCUUAUCUUUCUCGGCUCUAGCUCAGCAUUCAACGCAAUAGUAUCUGCCUCUGUGGUAGCGCUUGGGUUGUCGUACGCUAUGCCGGUCGCGAUCAAUCUCUUACGGGGACGGAAGAUGCUACCAUCGACACGGUCAUUCAUAUUGCCUGAAUGGUUCGCCUGGUUCGCAAAUAUUCUGGGUGUCAUCUACGUCAUCGUCACCACGGUCCUUUUCGUUUUCCCGCCCGCACUUCCAGUAACUGGGAACAGCAUGAACUAUUGCAUCGUCGCAUUCGCCAUUGUGCUCAUAAUCAGCAUGAUCCAAUGGUUCGUCGAUGGACGCAAGAACUACAAAGGCCCGAAAGUCGAGCUGGACGACCAAGUGCUCACAGCGGUCAAUUCACCAGUGAACGUCAGGACUGCUUCUGUCGUCCAGCAGCAGUUCGACACCCAGAAGGCGCGCGAGGCAGCUGCGGGAAGCAAUGGCCGGCAGCCUGUCGGCCACGAGAUACCGGACAAAGAGGUCUGA